ACAGGUUCAGAAAUUGGGUUGCACUUUUAUUCUGAUAUUUAAGUAGGUGGUUUUAUUAAACCAAAUUUGUCUGAUUGUAUUGAUAAAUUGGAGCUUUCCUUUAAUCUGGGGUUUAACCAAUUUUGUUUUUUAGAGUUUGAUAUCUAAUCGAGUCGAAUUGCUAACCGGUCCGAAUGACCACUCUGGUUUUAAAACAUUGGGUUUUCCAGCAUUGGUGGGAACCAAAAUUACAGUCAAAGAAGGGACAAUUGAUCAGUCUUUCACUAACGAAGAUGGUUUAGAUGAACUCCCAAGAAACAGGAAAUACUACAAAAGAAACAUAAUAUUAAAUCUAAACUAAAUACACAACUUGCCGAAUCUAUCAGGUACUUAACUUUUAUAUUAAAGAUUAAUAAGAUCAUAAUGUGAAUACAAUUUUGGAGAAAUAUUUUAACAGGAAUUUCUAGUUCUAUAAAUACUGUAUAGAUUUGUUGAAGGUAAACACAUCAUAAAAAUUACUUCUCCUCUAAUCAAUAUUUCAAAAGCAAAAGUACUCAACUUCGUACAAUGGCUAAAAUUCUUGAAAACAAACUAUGCGUUGUAGCAUUUCUAGUACUAGCGCUCUGGGCUUCCAACGCCUUGUGCCGCUCCCUGAUACAACCCGAUGCAACCAUGCACGAAAGGCACGAAACGUGGAUGACAAAGUACGGACGUACGUAUAAGGACGGUGCUGAGAAAGAGAAGCGGUUUCAGAUAUUCAAGGAGAAUGUUGAAUUCAUUGAGUCUUUUAACAAGGCUGGGACUAAGGCUUACAAGGUGGGAAUCAAUGCAUUUGCAGACUUAACUAAUGAUGAGUUCAAGAGCUCAAGAAAUGGAUAUAGAAGUUAUGCUAGCUAUGGGCCAUUGAUGAUGAGAUCAUCAUCAUCGUUUAGGUAUGAAAAUGUCACUGCAGCACCUACUUCCAUGGAUUGGAGACAGAAAGGAGCGGUUACUCCAAUCAAAGACCAGGGCCAAUGUGGAUGCUGCUGGGCAUUUUCAGCUGUGGCGGCCAUGGAAGGCAUCACAAAACUCUCAACUGGAAAACUAAUCUCUCUAUCCGAACAAGAGCUAGUCGACUGCGACACAAGCGGCGAAGACCAAGGUUGCGAAGGCGGUCUAAUGGACAACGCAUUUCAAUUCAUCAAACAAAACGGAGGACUAACCACCGAAGCCAAUUACCCUUACCAAGGAACAGACAACACCUGCAACUCGGGCAAGGCAAGUAACAAUGCAGCCAAGAUCAAUGGUUACGAGGAUGUGCCGGCCAAUGAUGAAAACGCACUCCUAAAAGCCGUAACCAAGCAGCCAGUUUCGGUUGCCAUCGACGCUAGUGGAUCCGCAUUUCAGUUCUACUCCGGCGGAGUGUUUACCGGAGAUUGUGGAACGGAGCUGGACCAUGGUGUAACGGCGGUAGGGUAUGGAGAAAUUGAUGGGAGCAAGUUUUGGUUGGUGAAGAACUCGUGGGGAAGUUCAUGGGGUGAAGAUGGAUAUAUAAGAAUGGAGAGAGAUAUUGAUGCUAAAGAAGGUCUUUGUGGAAUUGCUAUGGAACCUUCUUAUCCUACUGCUUAGAACUUUCUACAAAUGAUUUAAUUUGAAGAUGGUGCGAAAAAUAUAAUUAAGUUGUUUAAUGUUAUGUAACUGGUUGUAAAUAUGCCCUUCAUAAUUGGCCCGUAAUCUAAAUA